UCGGAGUUGGAGAAUCGCUGUUUUCACUUGUAGUGCAACUUUGGUUUCGAACGGGUCGCACUUGGGUGAUUGCUCCUGCCUCUCUUUUGUAAUCCAGAAUAGGUGGUCCUUUGGUUUAGAAAAAAUUAAAGUUCCAUCAACUGAGUUAACAGUUUUUGUGAUUUCGGGAAGUGUAGGCUUACUAGUGUCCUUAAUCGAGACAGUUUGUCGUCAAGAUGUCGCGGCCCCAGUCGGAUGAGCAAAAGCGGAAGCAGAUCUCCGUUCGUGGGAUCUCAGUGCUGGAGGAUGUGAAUGAGAUCAAGAAGGGUUUUAACCGUCAUCUUCACUACACCCUGGUAAAAGAUCGUAACGUGGCCACCGUGCGGGAUUACUAUUUCGCGCUGGCCCACACCGUCAAGGAUCACCUGGUAUCGCGAUGGAUCCGAACGCAGCAGCACUACUACGAGAAGGACCCCAAGCGCGUGUACUAUCUCUCGCUAGAGUACUACAUGGGUCGCUCGCUGCAGAACACCAUGAUCAAUCUGGGCAUCCAGACUUCCUGUGACGAGGCCAUGUACCAGCUGGGCUUGGACAUCGAGGAGCUGGAGGAGAUGGAAGAGGAUGCCGGUCUGGGUAACGGAGGUUUGGGUCGUCUGGCCGCCUGCUUCCUGGACUCGAUGGCCACCCUGGGCAUGCCGGCCUACGGUUAUGGUAUCCGUUACGAGUACGGUAUCUUUGCCCAGAAGAUCAAGAACGGUGAACAGAUUGAGGAACCCGAUGACUGGCUGCGGUUCGGAAACCCAUGGGAAAAGGCCCGUCCGGAGUUCAUGAUUCCGAUUCAUUUCUAUGGUCGUGUGAUUGACACGCCCGAGGGUAAGAAGUGGGUCGACACCCAGACCGUUUUCGCCAUGCCGUACGACAACCCAAUUCCCGGAUACGGUAACAACCACGUUAAUACGCUGCGCCUGUGGUCGGCCAAGUCACCGAUCGACUUCAAUCUGAAGUUCUUUAACGAUGGUGACUACAUCCAGGCUGUGUUGGAUCGUAAUCUGGCUGAGAAUAUCUCCCGCGUUCUGUACCCGAACGAUAACUUCUUUGAGGGCAAGGAAUUGCGUUUGAAGCAGGAAUACUUCAUGUGCGCUGCCACCUUGCAGGAUAUCGUCCGUCGUUACAAGGCAUCCAAGUUUGGAUCUCGUGAUGCUGUGCGAACUUCGUUUGAUGAUUUCCCGAACAAGGUUGCCAUCCAGCUGAACGAUACCCAUCCAUCUCUGGCCAUUCCUGAGCUGAUGCGCAUCUUGGUUGACGAUGAAAAACUGUCCUGGGAUAAUGCCUGGAAUGUUGUAACGCGUACCUGUGCCUACACGAAUCACACCGUUCUUCCAGAGGCCCUUGAGCGCUGGCCCGUAUCUCUGUUGCAGUCGAUCCUGCCCCGUCAUCUGGAGAUCAUCUAUCAUAUUAACUUUUUGCAUUUACAAGAAGUGGAAAAGGCUUUCCCUGGGGAUUGGGAUCGUAUGCGUGCCCUUUCGCUGGUUGAGGAAGAUGGUGAGAAGCGUAUCAACAUGGCGAAUCUGUCGAUUGUCGGAUCCCAUGCUGUCAACGGAGUCGCUGCUAUCCACUCGGAAAUUAUUAAGAAGGAUAUCUUUGCAUCUUUCUACGCCAUGACUCCGGAGAAAUUCCAGAACAAAACGAACGGUAUCACUCCGCGACGUUGGCUGCUUCUGUGCAACCCUGGUCUAGCUGACUUGAUCGCAGACAAGAUCGGUGACGAAUGGCCAGUUCAUUUGGAUCAGCUGACCAAGCUGAAGGCCUUUGCCAAGGAUCCUGCAUUCCAGCGCAGUGUUGCCAAGAUCAAGCAAGAGAACAAACUGAAGCUGGCUCAGCUCCUGGAGAAGGAAUAUGGCGUCAAGGUCAAUCCGGCUUCCAUGUUUGACAUCCAAGUCAAGCGUAUUCACGAGUACAAGCGACAACUGUUGAACUGCUUGCACAUCAUCACCCUGUACAACCGUAUCAAGCGCGAUCCGACCGCUAACUUUACACCGCGUACGAUCAUGAUCGGUGGAAAGGCUGCUCCUGGCUACUACAUCGCUAAGCAAAUCAUCAAACUGAUCUGCGCUGUCGGUAACGUCGUUAACAACGAUCCGAUCGUUGGAGACAAACUGAAGGUUAUCUUCCUGGAGAACUACCGUGUGACAUUGGCUGAGAAGAUUAUGCCAGCUGCAGAUCUAUCCGAGCAAAUCUCCACUGCCGGUACGGAAGCUUCCGGCACUGGUAACAUGAAAUUCAUGUUGAACGGUGCCUUAACUAUUGGUACCUUGGAUGGCGCCAACGUCGAAAUGGCCGAGGAAAUGGGCAACGACAACAUCUUCAUCUUUGGUAUGACUGUCGAUGAGGUCGAGGACCUGAAGAAACGUGGAUACAAUGCUCAGGAUUACUACAACUCCAACCCGGACAUCAAGCAGUGCGUCGAUCAAAUCCAGGGAGGAUUCUUCAGCCCAGGCAACCCACAUGAGUUCCAGGACAUUGCCAAUGUUCUCAUGAAGUACGAUCGCUACUACCUGUUUGCUGAUUACGACGAUUACAUCAAAUCGCAGGAUAAGGUGUCUGCUGUGUAUCAGAAUCAAUCCAAGUGGCUGGAAAUGUCGAUCAACAACAUCGCCUCGAGCGGCAAAUUCUCCAGUGAUCGUACAAUUGCUGAGUACGGUCGUGAGAUCUGGGGCGUUGAACCGACGUGGGAGAAACUACCCAACCCGGCCGAGAUCAAGUAAGCACUUGAAGGCGAAAGGGGACAGCUGAAGGUCAGAGAGCGAGCAGCAAAGCCACUGCCAUCGUGUCCGGCGCAUAAUUACGGCUGAUAUUAUAGAACACAAACAUCAAAUGAAAAGAAACCAAACAAAAACAAAAUGCAGCUUAGGUCACAACUCGCAAUACCAAUGUUCGCUAUUGAUGAGAUUAUAAAAAAAAGUUGGCGAAAUAUUCGAGCCUGUCUCGACAACGUCCCUAUAUUCAGGCUUUAAACAUUGUUAGUAGCAACUUUCUCGAAACACCGUAGAAAGUAGCAUGUUUCAAAUCUAAACAACCAAAAUCAAACGCAACUAGUUAAAGCAAAACAAAAAUAUUUUAAUGCAAGAAUGUUUUAAAACUAUGUCUAGGUGUAAUAAUGCAUGAAACUCAAAUAGGAUUUUGCAUGGAAAUCAACUUCACAUUGCAUAAAAAUCACAUACAGAGAAAAAAAACAACAAUAAUUCAAUAAUCACAUUCACCGGAGCAAAAUUCGAGAGAGAUUUGUUUGAAAUUAGGGUGCCAUUUCAUAGAUAUUAUAUGUUAUUUCUUUGACCGGUAUACAAUUCACAACCCCGAAUUUGGAUGCUGGUUUAAGAAAAUUGAUUAAAAAUGAAUUUAAACAAAAAAAAAUCAUCAGAGACUAUACAAAAUAACGGGCCGCGUUCAGUUUGUGGUCCGAGACCCUGUAGGUUCGAAUACGCAUGUAGUAAGCAGAGAAAUAAAACAAAACAAAAACAAAAACUAGAAUAUUAGGCAAACCAGAAAGAGGUGAGCGAGUUAUUUCCAGAAGAAAGUAAUGGAAGUUUUGUUGCAAAAUUUGAGCAUCUAAUUGUUAAUAAUAUUAUUUCUUUUUAUUUUCUAUAAAAUAAAUAUAUAGAUAUCGGAUUGUUA